CAAGGCCGCUCAUUCCCGAGUGAACAAGCGUGGCGACAGGUAUCGUUCGAACGGUGGAACGAGCACGUAAUCAGAUUGUCUUAUCAAAUCGAACACCCUUAUCACCUGAUUGAUGCAACUGAUUGCGGAGCAAUCGAUAUGUGUAACAUGUGGUUUGUGAUACCAUCGAAGUUUUAUUUUUAAGCUAAGUCGCCGGGAAUGGUAGCAAAAAUCAUAAGCUGGUGACCGCGUUGUUUGUGGGACACAUUCUUCAAACAUUACGUUUCGAAUUUCACUGAUUCGAGACAAGAGAAAUGGAAAACCUACGCGCGGCUUAUAAUUCCACCGCGACUUGUGGAUUAUGCGCAGCCCAUUAACGGUGUAGUGUUCAAGUUCAAGUGUAUGAAUUGAUGAAGUGGGCAAAACAUGUAGCUCAUUCCAGGCUUCCAAGUCGUAGCUGCCGUAGAACAUGAAGUGUCGCGAAUGUGUAGUACCGUUAUGACUAAUAAUUGAUAUCCAUCAGUGCAAACGAACGGACAGACGGUCGGGUCACUUCGAAUACUGUGCCACCGAUGGUGGGCUGCUAAAAUUAGUGUUUGCCUCGAUGACGACUGAAAUACAUGUGCGAAUUGUGGAGUCACAACAUUUCGAUCGGUGAACGUGUGAAGAUGCUAAAAUCUUGAACGGAACUGAAAACAGAGUCGAAACGGAACUUUGUUGGGUCGAAACAUUAUUAACAAAUUGUGAAAUAGCAGAUGCGCGUUAGUAUUGUUCUGAAUCGGAUUCAGCAUCGAGAACAACAGGAUCCGCGAAUACGUAAUCGAUUGUAGCAGAGAUGAAGGUCAAUUUGUUUAUGAUAUUACCGACUUUAGUCAUCAUUGUGAGCAGAUCCGAAUGCACACGGGGCAACCCUGUCAAUGAAGGUGAAACGCCAAAUCAUGUAACCCUAACGGACCACACGAGUGUUGAAUCUGGUCAUCAGACGCUGUCAUCCGCCCUACCAUUGCUUAUCUUCCCCAAAGACAGCAACGUGUACAAAAUUGUGCAAAAUGAAACCGCACUCAGGAUCCUGCAGGCGCGUUCGGGAAGUAAUGUGACCCCACCAACGGCGGAAAAGUCUGCUGAGGGUCAGAUCGUGCCCACGGUGCACGGCGCCAACGAUGCAUCGAACGGGGCUGGGACCCACAACGGUGGUAUCCCCUCGUCCUCUAUCAGCUAUGACGAGAAGGAAGUGACAGACGAUUACAGCGACGAGAAAGAUGAUGACGAUGAUGUGGAUGAUGAUGAUGAUGAUGAUGACGGGGAGGAGGACGACAGCAUCAAUAACGAUGCAGAAAGUAUCCAGCCGGAGGAUCGGGACAAGGAGGACGGACUCGAGGAGCAAUUUAGAAAUAGCAACGACGACGAUAAGCACUUCCCGCUGGUGCUGGACAACACGGUGAUAGAGGUAUCGGCAAUGCGCCAGGAGCACCUGUGGAUAAUUAUGGUAGGGGUCGUGUUCGCGCUAUCCCUAACAGCGUACGUUGCAAUGGUGAUCUACCGGAACGGAUUGGAAAAACGCUAUGGUAUGCGCCAGCGCCUGGUCACGGAGGACGAUUACUACACCAACAACGACAUAUAAAAACCACGAAAUGUUGCCGCUAGAACGCAAGGGCCACGAUCAGAGCACUCAAAUAAAUUACCGACAUAUAUGAUCUAGUAACAUCAUUGUGGAUAGCAUCUCAGCUUUCGUUUAUGAUAGAAUUCGAGUUGAACAGUAGCAAACUAUUCAGCGACAAGUGCCAUUAGUGUUGAUAAAUUUUACUAUACAGCAAAAGUUAUAUGUAUAAGAUAGAUGAAACUAUUAUCCACAAUUCAAAAACAACGAAAAGCAAAUACAAAAUAUUGAUGAAGAUAGUUUUUUUUUGGAUGAUGAACAAAUUGGAGUAGUAAACCCGUAAACGUUUGCAACGUACGCUAAUAGAAGUGCUAAUGUGGUAUUUGACCUAGAACAGGUUUUUGUUGAUUAUAAAGAAGUAAUGAUAACUGUGAUAUUAAGUGAUUAUUAAAUAAUAAUCAUUGUC